UUAUAAAGAAGAGAUGGAUGAUAGCUUUGUUUUCAAUGUUUCAAUGGCAUUUCACAAAAGCUAAACCCUCUUAAAACUUUAAGAAAUGAAGACAUUUGAGUUUUCAACCGAGUUGCUUCCGGGUUUACCUGAAGAACUUGGUCUUGAGUGCUUAUCUCGGCUACCCUACACAGCUCACAGACUCGCCUCCCGAGUUUGUCAUCGAUGGCGGGAAUUGCUCCAAAGCCUAGAUUUUUAUUACCACCGAAAAAGGUUAGGCUACACCCAGAAACUCGCUUGCUUGCUUCUAGUCUUUAAUAGUGCAAUCCAGAAUGGACCUAAAAACCCGAGUGUAUCUGUAUCAUCGAGUUAUGGAAUUGCUGUGUUCGACUCGGUGAGUCAGAGUUGGGAUAGACUCGCCCCGAUUCCCAAGUACCUAAACGGGUUGCCUUUGUUUUGCCAAUUAGCAAGCUGUGAAGGUAAGCUUGUGGUGAUGGGCGGGUGGGACCCGGUGAUGUACGAUCCGGUUACUGAUGUGUUCAUCUACGAUUUCGUGACUCAGCAAUGGAGACAAGGGAAGGAUAUGCCUUCAAAAAGAUCCUUCUUUGCAAUCGGGGCAUGUGGAGGUCGGGUUUUUGUUGCGGGCGGGCAUGACGAGAACAAGAACGCGUCAAGAACCGCUUGGGUUUACGAUCUGAGAACGGACGAGUGGACUGAGUUGGGGGAGUUGAGUCAAGACCGAGACGAAUGUGAAGGUGUAGUGAUUGGGGAAGAGGAGUUCUGGGUGGUGAGUGGAUACAGAACGGAGAGCCAAGGUCAAUUUGAUGGAAGCGCUGACGUGUACGGGUUCAAGUCGGAACAAUGGAGACGGGUGGAAGGGGUUUGGGAACCGGGUCGAUGCCCGAGAUCGUGUGUGGGGAUAGGGGAAGAUGGGAAAUUGCUGAAUUGGGCAGAGAUCGACCCGGGCGUUCGGGUCAGAGCAUCUGGGGGGAGGGUUUUGGUUACCGGGUCGGAGUAUGGAUGUGGUGCGCUUGGGUUUUACACGGUGGAAACGAAGGAAGGGCAAAACAGUAAAAUGGAGAAUAUCAGUAUGCCUAAUGAGUUCUCUGAGUUUGUUCACGCAGGCUGCUAUGCAGAAAUCUGAUGGGGUUGAGGUAAAAUUUUGAUAUAAUUUUGGUUUUGGUCCUCAAAAAUAUGUAAUUCAUUCAGCUGGGAUUUCUUUUCCCGGAUACUGUAAAUUUUUGAAUUUGAUGCGUGGUUAUCAUGAUACAUACAAGCAGCUGUUGAGUUGAUGUAGUCUGCAUAAUAUUUUAGGCUAAACUAUAAAAAUAAUUAUUUUUAUUUACUUUAAA